GAAGACUCGAAUUUCCAGAUGCCAACUUUUUCCUCCUGAAAUUCCUCAAGUUUGUGUCUUUUGUUUGUGUGUUUGGACUAAGAAUGGGUGGAUAUCUUGCAUGAUAAUAGGCAAAAAGAGCUCCUAACCGCCGGGACACAGUGUGAGAGAGUGUGAGAGAGUCGGCAGACUGAGAGCGGGAGAUGAGAGCCGCCUUUCAGACAUUUUCCAGCUUCUUCUGCAGGGAGUGAGCUCCUGAUGGAAUGGACGGGGAGAUAACAAGGAGGAGCUGAAGGAGCUAGCAGGCUGUUAUGUGGCAAAACUGUCUUCUACUUCUCUGACAAAGACAACUCUUGAGCUGUGUUUAUAUUCUGUGAUGGAGGGGGAGAAGGAGAGACAGCGGCAGCAGGGGGAGGAGAAGGAGAGCAACGAGGCGGAGGACGACCGGAGGAGUGAUGAAGACGCCGACAAUGAGGAAGAGGAGGAGGAUUCAGAGUGUGCGGCGCUGGUGUGGCAGGAAGGCUACGGCGAGGACAACCUGGGCCUUCCCAUCAUGCACUGGGAGGCACUGAGCCUGCGCAUCGCUGAGCUGGAGAAGCAGGAGGAAGAGAAUAAGGAGAAGAGGGCAAAGAGUGGAGUCUCUCUGGAGCGAGGCAGAGCUCCGGUCAGCUGGUCGGAGGAGAGAGGGAGGAGGUCAGAGAGCUGGGAGGACGGGGACGACGCCUGCAACAGCCACGUGCUGGCUCUCACCUCCAGGCUGCAGACCCAGAUGAACCUUCAGCUGUGCUUCAUCAACGACAGUGAGAGUGAGGAGGAGGAGGAGGAGAAGGAGAGCGACAUCAGUAAGGAGAGCAGCACACGGAGAGGGACGGUGCAGGUCCAGAAGAAUCCUCAGCCUGCUGCCAAGCUGGAGAAACCAAAGUCCAGAGGCUUCCGGAACACUCUGAGGAACCUGAGGGACAGACUGAGAACGGACCACAAGACCCUGGCUGCAGCUGGUAGUGUUCCUGAGGUCCAGAGGAGACAUGUGGAGCGCAGUGAUUUAGAGAACUUCAGUCUAAAGGACCUGAAUGCUCUCUGUACGUCUCUCAGCAAAACCAUACAAGACCUGAGCUCAGACCUGGUGGGCCGUCUGCAGGCGCGGGACCAGCUGAGGACGGAGCAGGACGCCAUGCUGCUGGAGGUCCAGGAUCUGACGUCACUGUGAACCCCCCCAUCACUCCCAGUCUUUAUGUCCCACAAACAUUUGUGUGAGAACAUUGCUGAGAACCAGACGGUGCCACAGUGGCUCCACAAACAUCUCAGUCAGCCCCACCCCAUGUGGGUCUGACCAGCCAAUCACUGUGAAGAGUGUCCCUCCCUGAAAGACAUUCACUUGCUUUUAUGUUAUUGUCUCCUUUUUUAAUUUAUAAAGGGAUUUAUGCCUCACACACCAGAAGUGGUUUAAAACUCCCAUGCAACAGAACCAGCUUUGUAUGGUCGUCAUGGUAACCGUGUCAGAGCCAUAUGGUACGGUCAUCAACAUCAAAGUGAAUGGGACAACACCCUUAAAGGAACAAGCUGCAAUUUUUCUUGGGAAAUAUGCUUUUCCUGCUCUGAGUCAGAAAAUAAGUUCUAGUUUCUUCUCCUCUUCCUCCGCAUACGGUCUGACUAUUCCGACACUUCUUGAAUGCAGCACAGAAGCCCUAUCUCGCAGAAGUGAAACAACAGUUUGGAGGGUGGGUUCUUCCUUGGCCCCUGCUACACCCUUCCACCAUGUUUCUUAAAAAUCGUGUCUUUUAGUUUUCCUGACAUCCAGCUAAAAACAUCACCUCCUGGGUGGAGGGACAAAUACAAAGGGAAACAUUUAAAUACAUUUUGCACAUGAAAGAUGCACAUCCAGUCAGAGCCGUAAUUGUACACUGUGCUCUAUUUAAUUUAACUUUUGUGCACCUGGUCAGCAUUGGAGUCUCUCUGAUAAAUCUUGAUGAGAGGCUGUUGUGUUUGACGUUGGAUCUUAAUUGAUAUUUUUGUAAUUGUUUACAGAGUAACUCAAUACAUGUGGACAAGGAAUGUGGCCAUGCAGUUUUGUAACGUCUUCACACAGACACCGAUUUUUGCUAGCAGAAUGUUUUAAAAAAAAGAACCCCCCGAAAGUUUUUGCUUUGAUUUUAGAGGAACACAUACGAUUUGACUCUCCUAGUUGCUAUCACGUGUAAAUUCAGACUCUGAGUUGUAACAUGAGGGUGCUCUUUCAUCAACGAUAAAUGUUUUUCUAAAAACUGCAAUUCAAAAGGGACUUUUGUUAAGAAGCUGCUAGCUCUGCAAACCGAACAAUGUCUUUAUUUUGUGUUGUCGUGUUUUCUGGAUUUUUUUUUUCUGAAAGUUUUUAAAUCUUUGAGUAGGCUUUUUAAGGGGACUUAAUAAAGAACUAAAUGUGGUCUAAUUUACAUCAAAUGAAGCACAUUUUUAAGUGCUUGUCUUUAAGGUAAGAUAUUUUAAUAUUUUCUUAAUCCAAUCAACUAGUUUUGGGAUGGUUUUGGCACAAGUUCUUGAUGUUUUGUUUUGUUUUGUUGUCGCUGUUAAACUACCAUAAAAAAGACUUUGUGUACACACAGCAGCUAUACAAGUGAACAUUCACCUUAGCCUAACAGAACAAAACAUAUUAACAAAGUAGAAGCUAUUUAAUUUAAACAAAUGUAUUAUGUUGAAUUUGCCAUGGGAACAAUUAUAGGACAGCUAAUGUUUACCCCACAAGAAACCAGCAAUUUUUUAAUAUCAGCAGCAUAUUUCUGCUUCUAUACAAAGUACCAAUAUUGUGGACCACAUGGCUGGUAUUUCAAGUUUCUCAGGGCUAUGACGCAGUUAGAAUCUGUUGGCCCCCAACAGCUGAGUCAGCGUAGUGUCAGGCUUUAAUAGAUGUGGGUGGACAUCACUCCCUUUCAUUAUUUUGGAAACAGAAAUUCAUUUAUUUAAUUCCAGUCUCAUUCUUGUACUCAGUGUUUACAUUGUUUGUAUGCAUGUCAAUUUGCUAAAAAAUAAGUGUAAAAACAGGAUCCUGUUAACAUUCUUGUUCUAUUUUCAAAGAAAAACAUUAAUCCUGUCACCCAGUCAUGUAUUAAUCUGUGUAUUGAGAAAUCAUUGAUUGAUUGCACGAUCUAAUAGUGUUAUUCAUUUUGAUACUGGUUCAACUAUUUUGUUUACAUUUGAUCAUGGAUUGCGCCUUUUAAAUAAAGUAUUAGUCCAUCAGUUUCAGAGAA